AUGUCGCGGGAGAAGUCGUGUUUUUGUUAUCGCCGUACGUGUUGGAGCAAUGGUCUGCGCUUUCGUUCGUUCAUGCCAUAUAGCUGCACACUGGCUAGCAAAACAGGAACAGAUGCUGUGGGUUCUGCAGCAACCGUUGCCGUCAACCCCGCACCCAUGAGGUCUCCCAGGAUACCGAAACGAUGUAACAUGCAUGAACAAAAAGUAAACAAUACCUCCUCUGUGGCAUUGUAUAGGCUCGCGGUUUUCCUGGUUUUGUCGAUGGCGAUGACGUCGAGCGUCCGAACAUCCGUCAUAAUCUGCGAACAAGGAAGCCACGCGACCAAGACCGCUUACACGUCUUCAUUCUAUGGAUUGUCCAACAGGGGAACCAACUUAGGGUUUACGACUCUGCCAGCGUUCUGGGACGGAAGAGAAAGUAUGCAGACGUACAUUAGGAGCGCGGAAGCAAGGUGCCAGCAUGUCGCAUUCCGUCAGGUCAAGGGGCCCACUGGCACCGUCAGACGGUACGCCCUGCUAGCUGCUGCUUAG